GUCUGAUUGGCUGGGCAUGACGUGAUGCAUAGGGCCGGAGCCGGCGCUGGUUGAUGAGGUGUCUGUGUGGAGGCCGGUGAAGCGUCGCUGCCUGGAAUACGGAGGGUAUGGCGGCAGCAGCUAUUAAUGCUGCUGCACCUCCUCCUCCGGUGGCUCCAACAGCACCUCCUCCUCCUCCGCCGCCGCCGCUGAGUCAGGCUUCGGGUAGGCUGCCUAGCAGGGUGCUCGAACUGGUGUUCUCCUAUUUGGACCUGCCUGACCUGCGCAGCUGCGGCCUGGUGUGUAAGCACUGGUACCGCUGUCUGCACGGAGACGAGAACAGUGAAGUGUGGAGGAGUCUGUGCGGCAGAAUCGUCAGCGAGGAAGCCUUGCGAACCGACAUACUGUGCAACCUGCCGACAUACAAGGCAAAGAUGCGGGCCUUUCAGCAUGGAUUCAGUUCAAGUGACUGCUCCAGAAAUGUCUACAUUAAGAAAAAUGGUUUCACCCUUCACCGAAACCCCAUAGCACAGAGUACAGAUGGAGCACGCACCAAAAUCGGCUUCAGUGAAGGUCGUCACGCAUGGGAAGUGUGGUGGGAAGGCCCUUUGGGAACAGUUGCUGUAAUAGGAAUAGCUACAAAACGGGCACCUAUGCAGUGUCAGGGGUAUGUGGCACUCCUGGGCAGUGAUGACCAAAGCUGGGGCUGGAAUCUUGUGGAUAACAAUUUGUUGCAUAAUGGGGAGGUAAACGGUAGCUUCCCCCAGUGCAAUAAUGCCCCAAAAUACCAGUUGCUCCAAAGAAACAGGAUGCUGGACAUCUAUUUUCACUAUGUGCACUACUUGGUUUUAGUGCAAGAAAUAACAGAAUCCGUAGGCAAAAAUAGGUGAAAGGAUUAGAGUGAUCUUGGACAUGGAAGACAAAACCUUGGCAUUUGAACGUGGCUAUGAAUUUUUGGGGGUGGCUUUUCGGGGACUGCCAAAGACCUGCUUAUACCCAGCAGUAUCUGCAGUAUAUGGGAACACAGAAGUGACUUUGGUGUACCUAGGCAAACCACUGGAUGGGUAACUAAACUACUAGAAACAACUGUGGAUUAAACCAAGGGGGUGCAUUAUGCAUGUGACUUAGCAGGAAGCAUCACCCAUUAGGAGGAUAUUCAAAGGAUAUAAGGCAUAUAUCACAGGACCCUUCUUGUUCUGCAUCCUGGAAGACUUUUGAACUUAUCCCCUGGUGGCGUGCUAAGGAUAUCCAACUGGGGAUGCUACAAUGUGAAUGGAGAUUAAGGGUCUCUUUGCUUUUAUUUGUAUCCCCAGUGUUGUCUGUGUUUUUGUGUUGGUUUGAUGGUUGUGCAAAGAAAUAGUAUUACACUGCCGGGGUCAGUUCCGAUGCAGAGAUCAGUGCUUUGGACUCUCCCGGCCUCCUAGUUUCAGAGGAGCUCGGAGUCUACCAAUUGUUUUUAAUCUUGAUUUUUUUUAAUUUGGAAUGCUUGGAAUCUGGGCAUGCCUGGGCCAAGUUUUAUUGUUGUGCUUUUAUUUAUGCAGUUGUUUUUAGGUGGGAUCCAACAACUUUUUAACAGAGCAGGGUUAUACUUGAGAAAGCAUUGACGCUGUGGGUACGUGUGGGACUGGCUAAAUCUGUCAUUCUGGUUCUGUUCUUUCAACAUCAUAUUAAGAAUCACUUUUUAUUUAUAUAUAUAUAUAUAACAUUUUUUAUUCUUUUUGCAGAUAUUCUGUAUUCUGAUUCCAAUCAGAUAAAAUUGGUCCCUCUGCAAAUUUGGCAUGCAACAAUACCAGUUAUUACUUGUCAGACCUGAAAGUAAUACAGUUAAAUCUUCACUCCAACAAAUUUAGUAAAGUCAACACUAUUUUUGUUAAAUCUGUUAACCAGGAAAUGGUUGCCAAUGAAGGUAAAAUCUGGGGAGGAUGCAUAUUUGCUGUCAGGUAGACCUGAAACUCAUCUUGAAGAUCGGUUAGGUUGAGCAUUAUAGUAGAACUUUAUUUUAUGUCCUAUCAUCAGUAUCAUCAAACUACAGCUGAAUGGCUGAUAAAUCAAUGUUUUCCUAUAUUUAUAACCUUGUUAUGAGGUAAGCAGGGGCUUGAUCUAAAGAGUCAGAGAACUAUUGACUUUAGAGGCUAUGGCAAACAUAAGAGCGAUUCCUGCUUUUCUGCUACUCUUUAAUUCUUGUCUAGUUUUAUUUUGCCACAGCCCAAAAUCCAUCAGAGUACUCUCAAAUGAUAUCCGUUUUAGUGAAAAGUGACCAUUGUAAGGUGUGAGUAAUUAUUUUGGGAUCAAGUGUAAAAACCUCAUGGUUAUCCAUCUGAUCAGUUCAUGCAGAUGGCCACAUAAUAGUACUAUGUUUUUUGGGGACCAAUUUGUCUGAGAAAAAUAUGGAAGCUGUGCCUCCUCUCGAGGCACCAUCUACAGCCAAUAAGCAGCAGACUGACUGUCAUCUAGUGGAGUUGCAGGAUGGUCGCUGGAGACUGCCUCCUUCUGUCCCCCAUGCCAAGAGGCAAUACACAUGCCUAUAUGCAUAUAAGACCCAGAUGGUAUGGUCAAAAUCAAACUUAGGGUAACUCUGCACAGAUAAUAUAACUGUAAAUUCAGCUAUUUAUAUUUAAUUUUGGUUACUAAAAAUAUAAAAUAGUGUUGCUUGUAGGAAUGAACAAACUUUUUGACACAGCGUUGUCUUAACAUGCAUCCCAUAACCCUGUGAAUGAUGCUGCUACAAAACACUGACUAAAUUACAGUUUUAAGUGAAAUGAAGACUGCUUAUGAAUUUGUCCAAAAGUAUCAGUAAAUUAGCAAAUUCCAAUGUGCAGGUUUUUCCCCUUAAUUUGGUGUUUGCGUGUAAACUGCAUAACAUAUAAAUAAAGCCAUUCCUCGCCUAAUAUUGAGUUAAUUUAUAAUCAAAGGGGGGAUCUAUAAAUAUUGUGAUAAGGUGGGCUAUAGUGCACUGCACUGUAUUUCUGUAUGGUGCGAUAUCAUUGCUUGAAUUGGUAGUAAAAUGUCCACUUUAUGAAUUUAAUGCUUGCUAAAUCUAUUUAUUCCUGUAUUUGUUAUGCAUGGUGACAUAUUCUCCUUGUAAAGGCACUAUCAUAUCAUACCUAUUGUCCUUUCUAUUGGGCAGGGGAUAAAGCAGUUCCGCUGCAUGAAUGUUCUGAGUAACAAAGAAGAAGCCAUCACUAGCCUGGGCUGUACACUGUGCCAGAAAGCCAUAAACAAGUGUUUAUCACCAAACACCAGCCUUGCAUGAAUAGAAAUUCUGUAACACUCUCUAUACAAUGUAGCACUGAGCAGCAAUACAGCAGUAAUGUGCAUUUGAGUCUAUCUGGUUCUGGCUUCACUUUGCCUUGUUUGGAGCCAGUGCUCACUUCUGACAGGCCCGAGUCGGCAUUCUAAAAUCUUGUGGCAGCUAAGCCCGGUUCUGCCUACAGUACAUAAGAUAAAGUCCUGCCCGACACAUAGAGAAGCCAGUGCUGCUAUUUAGAUGUAUCAAGCCUACUGGAAGCCUGCCUGUUCAGCUAUAAUAUUACUUCUCUAAGCUCCAGGCACCCACUGCCCAUUACAGACUGUAGGUGUCUGUACUGACAGGUUAUCAUGUUAUUGCAAGUUGGACCUUCUGCAGUUGCUACUCAUCAGAAAUGGCGUUUAUGAAAAUCCUCAUUAAGAAACAUACUGUGCUGUUUUGGUAACAUUGGAAGGUGGUGUCUAUAGCUAGCUAAAUAUAUAUAUAUUUGUUUUCUUAUGUGUUACAUUCCUACUUCUGUGCUUUUAGUCUCUUCGUAGUGCAUUGGUCUGUGGCAGCACGUGCAGGGGGACUCUAGCUACCAGCUGUCCGCUUUAUUUAAUAUCAUGGUGCUGCUGAUUUUCUGGGUGGCAGAGCUGCUUCACCUUCAGUACAAGGGAAAGAUACAUCUUCAUCUUCUAAUCAGCCACUAUAUUUAUUAGUGUGUGUAAUCAGGCCAGAAGGAUCAUAAACAUUGUGCUUGUUCCUUUACUUAUUUUGGUUGUUUUGUUCUGUUUCCCCCUUUUUACUGAACUGUUACAAAUUUCGGAAUGGUUCUUGAUAUGUGAUGGCAAUGAAGCGAUUUUGGGGUUGUCGUUUGCAACUGGCAGACGUAAGGGCAUAUGUAUGGGUGUAUUUGUUACUCCCUUUGUGCUUUUCAGUGUGUUGAGUGCACAACAGUUGUAGGACCUAUACACUGAGGGCCAUUUAUAAAGCAUAACAAGGCACAGAAUUACAGUUUUACAGAUACGCACAUAAUAUACAAUUCACGUUUUAGACAUUUAUGAUAAUUUGGCAGAUUACAACUUUGUGCACACUGGUAUGUGUGUCAGAAACACAAUAAUAGAACAAGACAUGUCUUCCUGUGGGUCAUGCACAAUACGGAUAGCUGCCAAGACUCUAUCGGUUUUAUGUCCUGUGGUUGCUGUGCAUGGAAAAUGGGAAGCCCCAGUAGGUGAAGAGGGGCAGGCAGCCCCUUGUGCCAUUAGCUUGAAGUUCAUUAUUUAUUCUCAGACUGAGAUGCUCUUUACAAUGGCAGAUAACUUGCUUUUAUUUCUUCAUUUUCUCAUGUACAAAAUAAAGGGACCACUCGUAAAAGGGACAAGUGUCAGUGUUUGUCAGUUAACCCUGUAAUAGAGGAGAAAACCCUUCUUGCUAACUUAUUUGCCGUCAGAGUGGCCAUGUCGUGCUAGGUCUUAUGGGAGCAAAUGGAAUUGAGUGGGUGGGAAGGCAACUGGAAUAAGCUGCUUAUUUUUUAACCCUUCAAGAUGACCUCAGGUUCUCACUGCCAGUUCUAGCAACAACUGUAAGUGUUACAGGCAAAAGUGGCAGCAAAAAAAAGAAAACAAAUCUCCUGUUUUUGCACAGCCAGCUCUUAAACUUUGUAUCUGUUUGGUAAGCUGCAAUCUCUGUUUAACUUAUCUAAAUAAACUCUGCUAUUAUCA